AUGCAUUCAGUUGUACAACUGACUAGGUAUCCCCCUUUAACUGUAUGGUACCCUAUUGCCAAUAGUUUGCGUCUCCUGUCUGUUCCAGUUCUUGCCUCGUCAGGGAUCGACUACAACAUCAAAAUCUGGUCACCUCUGGAGGCGUCGCCGUCGUUUAACAGAGUCCUAGCUGAUGAGGUAUGUUUGGUAAAUGAUUUAUUCAACCUUAGUGGCAGAAGGCAAGUAGACUGAGGUGCACUUCUCUGUCAUCCAGUAGAGGGAGUGGAUUCCCCACUGUGUGGGACUUCCCCAUAGUCUGUCUGCUCCUCUCCAUGAGCUCUCACAACAGCUGACUGGAGACGCCUUCCUCCCUGUACCCUCCCUCAUCACCCCCUCUCUGUUCUCCCUCCUCCUCCCCAUGCCCUCUUCUUUCUCUUUCGUCACCCCUUCUCCCUCUCUCACCAGUCCCACUCCCAACUCCAGUCAGUGAUAGAAACCACAUUUUCUUUGAAGCUUCUGACACAACAGAGAUGAUGAAUUCAGAGAUCAAAUAUAAGGUUCACUGGUAUAAUUCACUUUCACCCGCUCUCUUUCUCUCACACUUAUUCUCCCUGUAGGUGAUCACGCGUAAUGAGUUGAUGCUAGAGGAGACCAGGAACACCAUCACAGUCCCUGCAUCCUUCAUGCUGCGAAUGCUGGCCUCCCUUAAUCACAUAAGAACGGGUACACACACUCUGUUCAAUUUUGCUUGUAGUUUUGUGAUAUUAACUAUAUUUUGGGGCUUUCGUGAAUUGGUUGAAAUUGUGGUUUGGAAAGCAGUUAGCCAAUGAACCAAUAGAAAGUGCAUGUGGAAGUAUUUAUGUACUUUGGGACCCUUGAGCUUGGGCUGAGUAAACCUCUUACCACCGGGAGAUUAACUGGUUCAUUCACUCAAUUACCAGCAACCAGUUAUGAUGCUUCUACUGCAGACCCCACAAGCUGGGUACAGUAGGAAAUGAGAUCUAGGUUGCGUUCAUUAGACACAAAAUGGAAGAAAACAGACUGAAGUAGUGUGGAACUACAAGAAUCCAAUAAGAAAUGCACAUUUUUGUUUUCCGGUGCCUUAAUGAAAAUGACCCAGGGGUUUAUUACACACUCUCACUUAGUUUUUCCUUCCUUUCCUCAGAUCGCUUGGAGGGCGACCGCUCAGAAGGCUCUGGACAGGAGAACGAGGAUGAGCAGUAG